GCUUCGAGGUCUUUAUCGCGAUUGUCGUCUCGUCUGGCUCGUUAGCAACAUCCGAUCCGUCGCCUCCAGUCCAGUCCGAUCCUCGCGUCAAAUUUCGUUUUUUAUUUUUGCACGGCGUUCUAUUUUCGAGUCCGAUUAUUGUUUAUUGUUGCCGUUUCCGUAUCGAGCAAUCGAUCACGAGCGCUGAAAGUCAUCAUCCCGUCGUCGGUCGUCUUGUCCAGACGUAAUUGCCAGAGUGCCCGUGUGUGUGGUGCAAACGAUCACAAGUCGAGAGUCGUUGGCUGAUUGUGGAAAAGCGGAGCAGUUCAUUGAAGAAAGCAACAAAAAAGUGCGAUUGUGUCUGCGCGUGGUAUACCUACACGUAUAGAUUUGCAUGCAUUUGGUGGUCAGUGGCUUUGUGGUGCGGUGCGUAAAAAAAAGCAGAUCAGUGUCACUGCUCUUUGCGUCGUUCGUCUUAUCCGUGGAGGCUGGCUGACUGGCUGGCUGUCUGACUGGCUGGCAGAUAAUAACCGACGUUGGCUGGAACUCGUGUAGUUUAUUAAAAAGUUAAAUAGAAUAAAGUAAACGAUUCGGAGUAGUGCGAAAGGUUAGCAAGUCACCUGGUUUUGUUAGCUGCAAGCUGUUUUCACCUGACGUAGUCGUUGAAGAGCGUUUUGUGCUUGGUGAAGUUCGAGUGCUAAGUCAUGCGGAGUGGUUGACCCAUACAACCAAUUCGGUCUGGUGAUAAUUGAAGGAUUGCAAAUCGCUGGCAGAAGAGCGGUACGAUUGGAACGUCUGUAGAAGUGUUUUACGAUUGUUAAUUUUGAUGGAACGAAUAAAACCGACCAAUCAUGAUUAAUAACGAGAUGGUUUAGUCGAAGGACACGCAUCGAACGCCACUGUUCAACUCAGCUGGAACAAAUCCCGCAUGCGGAAAUAAGAAACUCAUAACUGACCUGCUGGUGCUGCAUCGCGGGUCCAUCACUCACUGCGCACACCUAACUCAUUCCACUCCUCAUGGUACCAGCGAACCGUACACAAUGAGUCAGUACUAUUUCCCGAUCGUUCUGGUAUUUCUUCUGGAGUUACUACGAAUUACUCAGUCACACCCGUUCUUCAGUUCUUCAAACCCUAAUCAACGACGACCGCAGGUGGAAUGGCAACAACCGGAGGAUACCUGGAAUAUCCAAUCGAUACCACGAAGUGUCCUGCCGCUGCUUCAAAACCAACACAAUGACCAUCAAUUACCACCGACAAGUUAUCAGCUGAUCGAUUCAGAUAAUCACGACGACAAACUGCUCAAGCAGUUGAUAGAAAUCAGAGAAAAUGCCACCGCCCGGACACUAUUCUAUCACAACAAAGAAGAGUCUCAUCUGCCUCCACUGCUCACAAAGACCAUCAAGUAUUUCAACUUGCAGCAGGUGGCUUUUGAGCUGGAGACUAGCGUGAUGUCACAAGUAUCGUGCACAGCAUGCAAAGCAGGAGCAGGUCUACUUCAGCAUUACAUCAAAACCGGUAAAAGUAAGGAAGAGAUCAUCAAAACGAUCUACCAGUACUGCGUGAACCUGAAAAUUCAAUCGCCGCGCGUCUGUGAAGGUGUCAGUCAGCUAUUUGGCGUGGAGGUCAUCUACGUUUUAAAACGGGUCACCAUCGGACCGGACGAGAUUUGCAGUUUCAUCAUCGGAGAUGCCUGCGGCGACAUCUACAAUCCUUACCACGAGUGGGAGGUAGAUUUUCCUCCGGUUCAGAAACCAGACGUACGUGAGCUAGCACUUCCGAAGGAAGCAGCACCCGUAUUCAAAGUGCUUCAUCUCUCCGACACACAUUUUGAUCCAUACUACGCGGAAGGUUCGAAUGCGGAUUGUAAUGAGCCCCUUUGCUGCCGGCUAACCAACGGUCGACCUACGACACCGAAUGGUGCUGCUGGCAAGUGGGGAGACUAUCGGAAAUGUGACACCCCGCAACGGACGGUCGAACACAUGUUGAACCAUAUUGCAGAGACGCACUCGGAUAUCGAUUUCAUAAUCUGGACCGGCGAUCUUCCGCCGCACGACGUGUGGAAUCAAACAAAAGAAGAAAAUCUGAAGGUUUUGAAGGAAACCGUGAAGCAGAUGUCUGAGAAAUUUCCGGGAAUACCCAUUUUUCCGGCAUUGGGAAACCACGAAAGCGCUCCCGUGAACAGUUUCCCUCCACCCUACGUGCAACAGGUGGACAGCUCGAUCUCCUGGUUGUACGACGAACUGGACAUCCAGUGGCGACGUUGGCUACCGGCUAGCGUGUCGCACACCGUUCGACGCGGUGCAUUCUACUCCGUACUAGUCAGACCCGGGUAUCGAAUCAUCUCGAUGAACAUGAACUACUGCAACAACAAAAACUGGUGGCUGUUGUUAAAUUCGACCGAUCCAGCGACGGAACUGCAGUGGUUCAUCUACGAACUGCAGAGUGCCGAAUUUGCCAACGAAAAAGUGCACGUAAUCGGUCACAUUCCACCCGGACAUUCGGAUUGUCUGAAAGUUUGGAGCCGAAACUACUACAAAAUUGUGUCCCGCUACGAGAGCACUAUUGUGGCGCAAUUCUUCGGUCAUACGCACUUCGACGAGUUCGAGGUGUUUUACGAUCCGCACGACUUGAGUAGAGCCACCAGCAUAGCAUACAUUGGGCCUUCAGUAACUCCAUACAAUGACCUUAAUCCGGGUUACAGGAUCUACUACAUCGACGGUGAUCAUGACGACACCACAAGGCUGGUAGUUGACCAUGAAUCCUGGAUAAUGAACCUAAAAGAAGCUAACCUGUACGAUUUCCCAAUCUGGUACAAACUGUACUCGACGCGAGCAGCGUACGCCAUGCGGGGCCUCCGACCGGUCGAUUGGGACGUGCUGAUCAACAACAUGACUGAUAACAAGGAACUGUUUGAUCUUUACUACAAACACUACUGGAAAAACUCCCCGGUCCGGCCGGAGUGCGACUACGAGUGCCGCAAGCGGAUACUGUGCGACGCCAAGAGUGGGCGAAGCCACGACCGGAAGUACUUCUGCGAGGACGUCGAAGCCAAAAUCGACGAAAACAACAAAGGCUGGAAGGAGUGGAUCUUCAGCUCGAUCACUUCUUCGUUAUCAUAUGCAUUGUCGGGUCUAACGCGGAUUUUCUGGCGCAAACGAUGACACAUCGACGGGCUGCCCCCGUUGAAUAGCACGCUACCAACCACGUACCACACCGCGCAGCAAGCAUACAGAAGGAAGCCAGCAUUACCUCCUAAUUGAUAUUAGAACCACAACUUCCUGGGACAGAAGAAAACUCAUCUAACUAAAACACACGGCAAUUAAUUCCCGAAUACCGCGGACACUAUGGUGCAGAAGCGCACUCAAAGCCGUCUACAAGUCUACGUAUAGGAGUAGAAACUAAUUUCCGAAGAAACAAGCACUCUGAAGUAAAACCUUAAAAAUGCCAUUGAUUAUGAACGUGUUCAUCGCUACUACUUGAUAGUAGAUCCAUGGGAAGCUAUGAAAAACACACUGAACAGAUUGUGAUAAGCGAAUUGGUCGCAACUAGCAUCAUGAGAUAACCUAAUUGAUAUACCGAGAGAAGUUGCAGUUGAAGUUAACGAGAAAACAUCGAGUGGACUACAGCCACUCCCCCACAUUCAUUCUAUCCGAGUCGUCUAGUAGCUGCUAUUACAAAGUCAGCGCUGAAAACAAUGAAUCCA